GUCUUCUGAUAAGAACUUCAUGUCAUGUAUUUUGGUCAGAACGUUUCAAUUGGCUGUCUUCUCUUUAACUGCCACAUCUGACAGGGGAAUAUGGUAAGGCUGGCAAUUUCAACUAACCUCAUUCGGUUAUCUUUGUGGCUGAAGAGGUGAAAAUUUUGGUCUGAUAAAGAAAAACAUUGAAGGAGAGCACAAUAUAAACAAACUUGACCUCUUCAAUUACUCCUCAUACAAUUUUCACAUAUACAAAACUUCAAAAUGGCAAAGGAUAAGGUCUGUCUCGCCUACAGUGGUGGUUUGGAUACCAGCUGUAUCUUGGCUUGGUUGAUUGAGAAGGGAUAUGAUGUUGUCUGCUUCAUGGCCGAUGUCGGCCAAGAGGAGGACUUCGAAGCUGCCAAAGCUAAGGCUAUGAAGAUUGGAGCUGUUGCAUGCUACGUUGAGGAUUUGAAGAGAGAAUUCGUUGACGAACUUUGCUUCCCUGCCGUCCAAUGCAACGCCAUCUACGAGAACGUAUACUUGUUGGGUACAUCUCUUGCCCGUCCAGUCAUUGCUCGUGCACAAAUCACAGUCGCCCAAAAGGAAGGAUGUAUUGCUGUAUCUCACGGUUGCACUGGAAAGGGUAACGACCAAGUUCGAUUCGAACUCGCAUUCUAUGCUCUUCAACCAACCAUUAAAGUCAUUGCCCCAUGGCGUCUACCAGAAUUCUACGAGCGUUUCGCAGGCCGCAACGAUCUUCUCGAGUAUGCUGCUAAGGCAGGCAUUCCAGUCAGCAGCACAAAGGCAAAGCCAUGGAGUAUGGACGAGAACUUGGCACACUGCAGUUACGAAGCUGGUAUCUUGGAGGAUCCAGAUGUCACCCCUCCAGAGGAUAUGUGGAAGUUGACUGUUGAUCCAUUGAAGGCUCCUGAUCAGCCAGAAGACUUCACUCUCGUUUUCGAGAAGGGUCUCCCAAAGAAGCUCAUCACAAAUGGCAAGACCAUCACUGAUUCAGUCGAGCUCUUCCUCGAAUCCAACGCCAUUGCUCGUCGUCACGGUGUUGGACGUAUCGAUAUCGUUGAGAAUCGUUUCAUCGGUCUCAAGUCCCGUGGAUGUUAUGAAACUCCUGGUCUCACAUGUCUCCGCUCCGCCCACGUUGAUCUCGAAGGUUUGGUUAUGGACCGUGAAGUCCGUGCUCUUCGUGACCAAUUCGUCACCUACAACUACUCUAAGAUCCUUUACAAUGGUCUUUACUUCUCUCCUGAGCGUGAGUUCAUCGAGGAAUCUAUCGUUGCUUCCCAGAAGAAUGUCAAUGGACAAGUCAGAUGCCGUGUGUACAAGGGUACCUUCAGUGUCUUGGGUCGUUCCUCAGAGACCGAGAAGUUGUACGAUGCAAGCGAGAGUUCAAUGGACGAAAUUGGUUCAUUCGCUCCUGCGGAUACUACUGGUUUCAUCAGCGUUCAAUCUAUCAGAUUGAAGAAGUAUGGUGAGGCUAAGGCAGCUGCUGGUGAAAGACUAUAGAUGGAUCUUGACACCAUAACGGCUUGAAUUUAGUCUGAGUCUUGGAUUGGACCUGAGACAUUCGGGAACUUGCAACAUCGCACAAAAUGCAGAUGAGACACCGAUUGCCUCCGGUCCUCGGAGUGCAGAUGGGAAUGGGAAUAUGUAAACUAAAAUGCUACACAAAAGUCGCAUAUGAAUGAAAACAGACCAGCUUGUUAUUGCCAGUGCCGCUUCAAUUCAUGAUGAUUUA